AUGCUAGACUCCCAGGAUGCAAUGUUCGACAGUGCUGCUACUGUGGUGACAUACUCGUAUGAUGCUGUGGUGGAGGAUAAGCGGGACUCCCUCAUAUUCCUAUACGCCGCGGUGAUGGGAUAUACAAUUCUCUUGUGGGACCACGCUAUUACCCUCGGGGAUGAGGUGGAGAUUGUGUGGAGGCAGCGACAGACGAUGAUGUCAUACCUAUUCCUCUUCAACCGCUACGUCAUUCCACUGAGAUUCAUGAUCACAUUAUACGGCAUGUCUCCUUUCUGUGUCGAGUCGUACUUCUCUCCAGGAUUCACGGACGCCCAGUCGGUCGUGUCUCCAACCUGCGAGCUGCGCCCGAGCUAA